AUGCCUGACAACAUUCCCCACGCGAGCAAUCUUGCGAGCAAUCAUGCGAGCUCCUGGCAGACCACGCCUUCUCUCUCUUCUCAAGAAGAGCAAGCGCUCAUACUGGAAGCCCGCACUUUACGAGAAGAAAAGCUCAGGGCUCUUUCAAGUAUCGUCACCAACAUGGCUUCCGAACUGACUGACAGAGAGAUCGUCCAUAUGUACUAUCGAGUCGAGGUUGGCUCUUAUCUCUUACCAGCUUUUAACUUCAUCGCCAACGAAAAUCCCUCCGAAGCCGAGGUUAUGGUCAACCUCGCCAGGGAAUCUGCAGAAAAAUCGAAAAAUCUGCUCCUCGUUGCCAAGUGUGAGUUCUGGAUGGGUCGAGUUGAGUUUCUGCGCGGAAACAUGCGCAAAGCCCACGAGCACUUCGUGAAAGCGAACCUUUGCGCCAUGGAUCCGAAGGAGGGCGUCGAAUGCCAGGACCUGAACUUUUUUCUGGAUGUCACCAGACAUGGUAUCAGUGACCAUACUCGGGCUGUAAGGCUACGUGCUCAUGAGGAGGCUAUCGCGGCGCACGUGGAAUUCGACAAGACUGCGAACAACUCAGUCUCCACCGAAGGCAAACGCAAGCGACCAUUGAGGACAUGGAAAGGGGCUCUCGUCAAACUACAACUACCAUUAGUCAAGCAGCGUCCACUUACUAAAAUCGGAAAGCCCCGGUAUAAGGUGCCGAUUCGACGAAAAGUGGACGAGAAGCAUCUGCAGCAGGGGAUAGAUAAUGAGACAAGCUCGAAGAAUGAGGUUCUUGGGAAGGUCCUUGCAGAAGAGCUUGGGUACGGGUCUUGGAGCGGUUCUGGAGAUGACACCAAUACCGACACCGAGGAUGAAUCUGAUGAUGAAUCUGAUGAUGACGACAGCGCAGACCCUGCAGAUGGUACAGUUGGCAACACAGAUGAGAACGCACAAAAGUCUCCAGGCGCUCCUGAUAAACCCCAGCAAUCAGAGCCCUCCGGUGACGCGACUACAGCUCCAGCCAAGGUUCCGACUGAUCAAGCCAUUUACAGAUCGGCCCGGGCUCGGUACAGACAAGAAUGUUUCCAAAUGGGCCUCACAUCAGCACUCAACGCAGAACCCUACAAGCGUCCGAAAGAAGCAUUUGUGUUUGGUGUCCCCCAUGAACCGACAAAGCAGACCCAGUUCCGGCUAGGUUAUUUCAAGAUUGGCCUCGCAAAACGCUGCCGCCCAAUGACCAUUUUUCCGAAACAGGAUGGCGAAAUCACUAUUUCUCCUGAGGAAUGGAAAUCUAUCGAACAGGAUGCUCGUCAGAGGAUUGUCACUUAUGAUUACUUGCGAAGAGAGAGAGAGGAAUUGAUCAAGGUUGCCGAGGAGAUGUAG